GCUCGCACAGCGCCCUCCGCACCUCUGCGAACAUGGCGCUCCUGGCGGUGCGGGGCGUGCGGGCUGCGGCGUGCGGGCUGCGGGUCGCCUCGGUGUCCGCCGCGCCCGGCCUGCCGCGGCCCUGGGGGCCGAGGGCGGGCGCCGUCCGGACGCUGCGCACGGGCCCCGCUCUGCUCUCGGUGCGUAAAUUCACAGACAAACAUGAAUGGAUAACAACAGAAAAUGGUAUUGGAACAGUAGGAAUCAGCAAUUUUGCACAGGAAGCUUUGGGAGAUGUUGUUUACUGUAGUCUGCCUGAAGUUGGGACAAAACUGAACAAACAAGAUGAGUUUGGUGCUUUGGAAAGUGUGAAAGCUGCUAGUGAACUCUACUCUCCUCUAUCAGGAGAAGUAACUGAAAUUAAUGAAGCUCUUGCAGAAAAUCCAGGACUUGUCAAUAAAUCUUGUUAUGAAGAUGGUUGGCUGAUCAAGAUAGCACUCAGUAAUCCUUCAGAACUGGAUGAAUUAAUGAGUGAAGAAGCAUAUGAGAAAUACAUAAAAUCUAUUGAGGAGUGAAAAUGAAACCCUAAAUAAACUAGUAUGAAACAACUUAAUCUAGCAUAGUUGUCUUAAAUUAGUGGUGCAUACAGGAUUUAAAGAGCAACUAUUAGCAAUAUCUGUGGAAAAAGAAACUACUUGCAAUAAUGCUAAUGGAAGAAAACACCCUUAAUUUCACAAUGAUUGCAGAUAAACACAAUAUGCAUCUUUUUUGCAACACCUUUGGAUUAUGCUAGGCUCCAGUUACGAUACUCAGAAUCCUGAAAUUAUCUGUGGUUAAAAACUAGUUAUAAAAAAUUACGUAAUUCAAGGAUUUGGGGUCAAAAUAAAUAAUCUUUCCAUUGGAAAUAACUGGCAGUAGAGAAAGGUUUGUUAGUCUUAUAGUGUCAGGUAAGGAACAAUACUACCUUAAUUUUGCAGCAUACUGCACUUGCUGGUGCUAUUUUUAUACAAUGAAGCAACAGCCUUGCAGGAAGAGAAAUCGUUAAUAAUAAAAUCUUCAACUUUGUUAA